AUGGCACCGCUGGAUAUAGGUGAUGUAGGAGGAGCAGUAGCUGGUGCAGCUGAAACUGCCGUGGGAGGCGCAAAAGGGGCAGUGGAAACUGCUACCUCGGCUGGUGGGGGUGCUGCUAAGACUGCUGCUGGAGCGGUGGCGACUGCUACGAAUGCGGUGAACGAGGCUAAAGGUAAGUAUGAUGAUGCAAAAGGCAUGUUGGGCAUGUUUACUAAAAUGCAAGACUUCAUAACCAAGAUCCAAGAUGCCUGGGACAAGUAUCAGACAUUGAUUAUCUUUGUCGUAUGCCUCAUCAUCUUUCUCUACAUCACCAUGACCAUCUAUUGCUGUUAUCACUUCAUACACGAUUUCUUCCGUUGUGCAUGUUGUUGUGUCCGAUGUACCUACAAGUGCGAGAAAUACUUAUGGAAACAUAGAGGUCCAAUCAGUAACUGCCUGUGCAAACCAUGUAAAUCCCGUAAUUCAAAGGGAGAUAAGAAAAAGGAAAAAGAAGACUAUCAUAAAUGUUCUGCCAUGUGUUUGAAGACUGUACCAAGGUCGACAAGAAUGGAAUUGGAGAAACAACAUGGUGAUUUGCGUAAAGGAUGGUUUGACUCGACUUAUUUUGCUAGAUCAUGUGGGAGAGUUGAACCUCCUGAAGAUCCUGAAGAAAGAGCGCAAUGGCAUUGGUAUGGACACGAGGAUCAGAGAAUACAUAGGAUGAUAAGUGGUUGUGUACCGAGUGGUAAUGAGGACGAAAGGUUGGAGAAGGAAUAUGAGAGAAGGAAGAAGAGAGAAAAGUAUUGGAAGAACUUGGCUAGAGGGGUUGAUAAGUUGGGGGAAAAUGCGGGGAGCUGGAAGAAGAGGGUCAACAAAGAUUGGGCGAAGGAGAAUUAUCUGAAAGUGUAA